AUGACAUCUUACCUGUAUGUGAAUAUCCCGUGCAGUCAAAACAGGAAGAAGAUGACAGUAAAGGCGUUGCGGACCGUCGCAACUGGAAAGAAUGGGGUGGGAUCGUUCAUUCUGCAGUGUAAGAAGAUGGACCUUCAUUAUUGCGAUUGGGCCGGGAGCUCCAAAGGCAUGAACGGCUUCAUCAAGUCUCUUUUCCCCAAAUUCGCCGCCGCAAACCCGCAAGUGGAAUUUGCGGUAUCUCCUCGACCUGGCAAACACCCCGUCAUCAUCGGUCAUUACAUUAACGGGCGCACGAAGCCUGUUUGCGUGCGGAACUUAUCGCCAUAUGAAAUUCUCAAAAAGAUGGAGCUGGUACGGGACGCAAGUGGCGAUAAAUUGAAGAGGACAAACAAGGCCGUCACAAGCACCAACCCCAGUGUAAGAGGUAUCUGGUCUCCCUACCACGGAAAAGGAAUGAUUGUAUAG